AGGAGGAGACACGACGGGAGAAACCAUCGAAAGCUACUCAAACACGCACAGACGGAGGCACGACAUGAAAGUAGCGCUUUGUUUACCUCCCUUCACGUGCCUGCGGAUGAUGAUGAUGAUGAUGAUGGCACAUCCUUUUCAUUCGCGUAUUUAAAAUAACGUGGCGUGGGAAGGGGGUGGUGCAGGAUAUCUUAUUUUUGGGGGGUGUUUUGUGCGGGAUUUAAAGACAAACAGAGACUCAUUGGUGUCGUGUUUUCUAAAAUAUGACGCUCGCCAGAAACCAGGUCGGUGAAAUCUGGGUUUUACCAUGAGAGGAACCGGCAUGGAUCUGCUGUGGAGGAUCCUAGCAGCUCUCAGCUUCGACUGCUUUAAAGAUUCAUCGUCGUCAAGGUCUCCCACCAAGCAGAGCUCCAGCCAGGCCGGCAGCCUGGAGAGCAGCUCCCUGACCGGCUCCCUGUCGCUGGGCCCCGACCUGCCGCACUGCCAGUGUUGCAUCUCCUACGAGGCCCGCCUGAAGCGCCUCUCCUGUGGACACCUCUACUGCGACCCCUGCUGCGACCAGAUUGUCAACCUGGCCUUCGAAGAUAUCGAGGGCCUGUCCGACUACCCUUGCCCCAUGUGCAAGUCCAUCCGCCAGCUCGGAGGCCUCGGCCCCUCCUCCUCUGGGUACUUCUACGGGCCCUACGGCAUCCUGCAGCAGCAGCAGGUCACGGAGAAGGAGCACGGGAGUCGGUGGGGGUAAAGUUGAAGAUCUUCAGCUAUGACCCGGUUAAUUUUUAAUGCACUGCCAUGAUAGCUAUGUGGUGACAUGGACUACAACUAAUGGCCAUCUUACUUUACUGUCUCUCUUGCUCUGUCGUCUGUGGUCAUCAGGUGAAACACGUGAGAAUGCACAACACUAACAUCCAUAGGUUCAAAGUGCCAAAAUGCAUUUCAAUAGAUGGUUGAAAACUUGCACAUCAUCUUAAAAUGUGGAAGAGGGGUCUCUUUAUAUUUCGGUCAAUUUUUUCCCGAAAGCGUAGAGAAACAACGUAAUGAUCCAGAAAAACACCUCACUCAUAUAUUUAAUAGCAUGCAGGUUACUUCUGUAUAAAAACACUGACCAGCUGAAACACUGAGUUUUAUUCUGCUAAACAUAAUGUUGGAAACUGCAGAGACCAAGCCAGAGCUUUACAUGCAGUAGAUAUUUUGUACAUUUAACGUUUCCUGUGAGGCAAGUUCUUACUUUGUACAUUUUCUGUGAAAGUGUUAGCAUUUUGCACGAUUCUCAAAUUGUUUUAUUCUGACUUUUCAUAUCAUGCAAGACGGUUGGAUUUUACAUUUUAAUUCUAUUGUACAGUGCCAUGCUACUUUUUAAGUGUUUCAGAUCAUAUGUAAAUAUUUAUUUUGUUAAAAAAUAAAGUUUGUGAGCUAUG